AUGUCUUUAUACGACGAUUUAGAUACCUUAAAGACAAGAACUACUGAUAAAGUAGCAGGGUGGUCGUCUGGUAUUAAAUUAUUACAAUCACAACUCCAGUUAAAAAAAGCAGCUGUUACUCAACCUAAAAGAGAAGCCUUACGGCGUUCUACACAGGUGUUAACGCCAGUAAUAGACUUGAAAAGCAAACCGAAGGACGAAGAUGAAAAUCCAAAUAGUCCAAAUGUACCUGCUAAAGCUUUUACCCCAUCACUGAAUGUUUCUGAUUUUGAUUGGAAUGUGGCAAAUGAAUAUGAUCCAAUGUGGCCAAAUGACUAUGAAAAAGUUGCUAAAGAACUUCAAGCAAAAAGAUUACAACUGGAUGGAGGUGAUAGAAGCGACAGAUCAGAUAGAAAACGUAAAUCACGAUUUGGUGAUGAUGAAGACACUAUUCCUGAAAAAACCCUUAUUCCUAUGCAACCGGAAGAAGAAGAGGCUGAGGAAAUAUCUAAGAGAGCAGCUGGUGUUGCUAUUGCCCCUCCACCAUCAUUGACUGUUGAGACUACAUCUCCACCACCAGCACCUGUAACAACACAAGUUGCUGCACCUUCAGUUGGUUUCUCUAUUGGUGGUUAUGGCGCAAGUUCAGUUGCAGCUAAAAUAAUGGCAAAAUAUGGUUUUAAGGAGGGUCAGGGCUUAGGGAAGAAAGAACAAGGAAUGUCUGUAGCUUUACAAGUAGAGAAGACUUCUAAAAGGGGUGGUCGCAUAAUUCAUGAAAAAGAUGGAAAUGUAAUGCCUCCACCCGGUUUUGGUAUGCCAUUGCCAUCAGGACCAGAUUCGCCAAAUGCAUCGUCCAAUUCGCCUCAAAUGUCAAAAUCGGAGCCUUCUAUCACAGAAAUUAUGAAAUCUCCAAGUAAAGUAGUGUUAUUAAGAAACAUGGUUGGACCAGGAGAUGUUGAUGAAGAGUUAGAACCUGAGGUUAAAGAUGAAUGUAAUACAAAGUAUGGUGAUGUUAUAAAAGUAUUAAUUUUUGAAAUGCCUAAUGCUCCAAAUGAAGAAGCUCACAGUUAUCUGGGGGAGAUAUUG